ACGCGCACACACACACACACACACACACACACACACACACACACACACACACACACACACACACACACACACACACACACACACACACACACACACACACACACACACACACCCUCUCCUGUGCUCAGUCUCUCUCUCAGGACGCACCGCUGCGCCGCCGCUCUGAUCUCUAAACGCUUUCCUUUUUUUUUUAAUUCCCACUCCUCCGCUCCGCUCCGCGCUGUGAAUGAACGAGCCUCUUUAACAUAUUCAGACCAACGUCAUCCGCUGAAGGUGGAUCACGCCGCGCGGCCGUUUCUAUAAAGCCCCCCGCAGUCCGCUCACUGUGGAGGAAACAGGCGCCGGUUUGGCAGAAACGAGGCGAAAGAGAAAGAAGCAACUUUUCCUUCGACUCAAACGGAUUUUGUGGAAGCCCGCUGGAGAUUUUACAGGGGACCCGGAGAAAAAGGAGGCGGAGAAGCAGAGAGCCGGACGGAGGAGACGCUUUACGCAGCGCCGCCGGACAGAGAUUCAAACGCACAGGACGCAGGUGGAUGCUGGGAAGCGGACCAGCUCGGAGGAGAUGUUCCCCCUGGCCCAGUUCGGGGUGCUGUCGGCUUUGGCCACCGCGCUCACCUCGGUCCUGUCCGCGCUCCUGUUGCUGGCGCUGACCCGGCAGAUGUGGAGCCUCCGCUGGAGCCUGACGCGGGACAAAGAGAGCAGCCUGCCGCUCCCGAAGGGCUCCAUGGGCUGGCCGCUGGUCGGAGAGACCUUCCACUGGCUGUUCCAGGGUUCAAACUUCCACAUCUCAAGAAGAGAGCGUCAUGGCAACGUGUUCAAGACCCACCUCCUGGGGAAACCGGUCAUCCGGGUGACGGGCGCCGAAAACAUCCGCAAGAUCCUGCUGGGGGAGCACAGCCUGGUGUGCACCCAGUGGCCCCAGAGCACCCGCAUCAUCCUGGGGCCCAACACCCUGGUCAACUCCAUCGGAGACCUGCACAAGAGGAAGAGAAAGAUCCUGGCCAAAGUGUUUAGCCGAGGGGCUCUGGAGUCCUACCUGCCCCGGCUGCAGGACGUUGUCAAGUCUGAAAUCGCCAAGUGGUGCUCGGAGCCGGGCGCCAUCGACGUGUACGCCGCCGCCAAGUCGCUGACGUUCCGCAUCGCCGUUCGGGUACUGCUGGGCCUGCAGCUGGAGGAGGAGCGCAUCGUUUACCUGGCGAGGAUCUUCGAGCAGCUGAUGAACAACCUGUUCUCGCUGCCCAUCGAUGCUCCGCUCAGUGGCCUGCGAAAGGGCAUAAAAGCCAGAGAAAUCCUGCACGCCAACAUGGAGAAAAUCAUCGAGGAGAAGAUGGAGCGGCAGCAGGCGGACGACGAAUACCACGACGCCUUCGACUACAUGCUGUCCAGCGCCAAAGAGCACGGCCAGCAGCUCAGCAUCCAGGAGCUCAAGGAAACAGCAGUAGAGCUGAUCUUUGCAGCUCACUCCACCACAGCCAGCGCCUCCACCUCUCUGAUUCUGCAGCUGCUUCGUCACCCGGCGGUGGUGGAGAGAGCCAGAGCCGAGCUGGAGGCCGAAGACCUCGGCUACGAGUCUCACAGCAGCCCAUCCGGCGUCAACGUGGAGAAAGACGACGGUUCUGCCGACACAGAGACGACCUGCCUGCUGGAUGGAGGCCGUCAGACGGAUGAAGCUGGUUUUCCACAGUCCCGCUCUCAUUUACCGUAUCUGAGCCUGGACAAGCUGAGUCGGCUCCGAUACGUCGACUGUGUCGUCAAGGAGGUGCUUCGCUUCCUGCCGCCGGUCUCUGGUGGUUACCGGACGGCCCUGCAGACGUUCGAACUGGACGGCUACCAGAUCCCCAAAGGUUGGAGUGUGAUGUACAGCAUCCGGGACACCCACGAGACGGCAGCGGUGUUCCAAAGCCCGGAGCUGUUUGACCCAGAUCGGUUCGGCUCGGACCGGGAGGAGAGCCGGUCGGCCCGGUUCAGCUACGUGCCGUUUGGAGGUGGCGUUCGGAGCUGUGUGGGGAAAGAACUGGCGCAGAUCAUCCUAAAGACUCUCGCUGUGGAGCUGAUCGGGACGUGCAAAUGGACCUUGGCUACGGAAAACUUUCCCAAGAUGCAAACGGUGCCGAUCGUGCACCCGGUUAACGGGUUGCACGUGCAUUUCAGCUACAACUACCCGCUUUAGGUACAAAAACAGACCGACAGACUUCCCCAAAAAAAAUCCCCACAAGGGGCAACUGAACAUUUACUGCUUCUGGAAACACCGAACCUGCCGGUCCUGAUGGUGCAGUUCAUUUCCACAGACUUUGAGGCGUUUACAUGGUAGCUUGCAGCACUUCAUCACUACUCCAGUGGUCUGAUUCAAACCUAAGAAACCACUUUCACUUGUAGCAGCUUUUCAGUUUCCUUAGCUUGCAUUUUAAGUUAUUAAUAUGUGAAACCAGUCAGAAAUAUGAGCAUUCUGCCUGUUUCUUAUGCCGAAGUUCCUACUGAAUGGAGUGCAUGAACACUUCAAAAGCUUCUCUUCAUCACUGAGGGGCUGUUUUUAAUAUUCUGCUUCCUCUUUGUAGUCUAUAAAUCCAUUUUAAGUUAUUGAAAUAUCAGUGUGCAUCAGUUAAGCUAAACCCUACAGAGGAGAGACCCCAGUUUGACCAUUUAACAGUGUGUAAGUGGCUUUGUUUAACAUUUCUAGACUACAGGAGGUAAAUCUUUUAGAGAAUCCACCAAUCAUUUUAGCUUUUACAUCAGUGGUUAUCACUAAAGUCAUAGCAAAGUGCUACAUAUAUUCGUUGUGCUGAAUUUGUCAGUCAGGGGUAUUUUUUUUACUCAUGUUCAGAAAAAAAAAGCCUUUUCGCAAACUGAACUGGCAGAACCAAUGUGCAGAAUGUAACUUACAGAUUUUUAUACAAAUACUUCUGUUUUCAAUCCUCCAGUUGCCUAUGUUUGUUUCUGAAGACCUCGGUUUGCCUCUCUAAAGCGCCUCUGAGCAAAGUGCCAGAUGUUUCCAUGGGAAUGCUGCAUGUGGAGAAGCAAAAAAAGAGAUCAUCUGAGCUUAAUUAAGGCUAAAACUCCAAGUGAAAAGAUCUGCAAUGAACACAUAACUGAACACCUGUGGAAAAUAUUGGAUCUGGACACAACAGAGACACUUUGUGCUGAAUAAAAGUGGAAUCUGCACUUGAUUUUGACAAGUUGGUUCCACGACAAGGAUCUUCAUUGAGUUCAAAAGUUCUGUUUUUAAAAAAAUAUGAAUGUUAAAUUUAUAUAUAAAUAUAUAUCUCUAACAGUGCUAUUAUGUGUGUAUCAAAUGAAGUAGCAUAAUGAAUAAGCUGUAUUUAAAAUGCAGAUGCAUCAUAUCUGUUGUACUUUUACUUUAUCUGUAACAGUUUAUAGAUAGAGACACUAACCUGUAACUGUCCAGAAAGACUUGUUUCACUGCUAGAACUCUUUCGUUGUUUAGAGCAGCAUAUACAGAGAGUAAAAGCUAUAAUUAUUAUUGUUGUUAUUGUUAUUGUCACGACUGGGCUAAUUCUAGGACCGUUUCUGUGUCGAAUCCUGAUAGAUGCGCUGUGAAAUCUUACAUACGGAUGGAUUUGUGGAAGGAGAUAGCACUUUCUCCGCUUGUACGGAGUCUGUAUAUAGUUGUCCUGUUUAUGCAUUCACUGAGUGUAUCGGAUGUAGCUGCUGUACAGUUGAUGGACAGAGUAAAUUAGAAGAUGAUGAACAAAAAUCAGAAUGUUGUUUUAUGACUUUCAUGCUUUCGGAUUGUACAAAAGGUUCAUAACUGUUGGUAAAAUUCAUACAGACACAUGAAAUAUUGACAUGCUGUUUGUAUUAAUGCUCAUAUCUGCAAGUCAUACUACUUUAAAAGUUCUUGUCGAUU